CAAAUCCGUUGUUCCCUACGGAGAACCGUACUAUCCAAUUUCAGUUCAAUCACUAUUGUUUAAGAGCUAAAUCAACCAAUCGGGGAUCGUCCUCGUCGUACACGAUCGUGGCCAACGCAGAGUGUCGUCCUUUGAAGGCAUGCAUGGCGGCAUCAAACGGUGCUCGUGGAUCUCCGACAAAGACUCGGAUCACUCAUGGACGAUGCACUCUCUCGUCAUUCUGCUCUCGUUGUGUAUCAAUUCGAAUACCCCCCUGGAGAGCACGGGGUUAAAAAUAGCAGAUUAGUCUACAAUCAAGGCGACAGCCUCCUCGCGCAUCCUAUCAGCAGUCGAUCGUUUGGUGCGGCACGGAGAUGUUGCGUUGGUUCACGUUGGCCGUUGCCUGCUGUGCGGUGGUGUGCGCGAGUUCUGCCGAAGGAUGGUGGAAAUCGGCCGUUUUCUAUCAGAUCUACCCACGAUCGUUUAUGGAUAGUGAUGGCGAUGGGAUCGGUGAUCUGCGAGGGAUAGCCCAGCGGCUCGACUAUCUGCGAGAUAACGGUAUCGAUGGAUUCUGGCUGUCACCAAUCUUUCGAUCCCCAAUGGCCGACUUCGGAUACGACAUCUCGGAUUACUACUCCAUCCAGCCCGAGUACGGUACGAUGGCAGAUUUCGAUGCCCUAUUGCAAGAGGCACGGAAGUGUGGGUUGGAAGUGAUUUUGGACUUUGUUCCCAACCACACCAGCGACGAGCAUGAAUGGUUCAAAAAGUCGGAGGCACGCGUACCGGGGUUCGAGGAUUUCUAUGUAUGGCAUCCUGGGCGAAAGACAAGCGCGAAUGAUACGGCUGCGAGGCCGGCUCCACCGAGCAAUUGGGUGAGCUAUUUCCGUGGUAGCGCUUGGGAAUGGAGCGAUGUACGCCAGGAGUACUAUCUGCACCAGUUUCUGGCAAAGCAACCCGAUUUGAACUAUCGUAACCCGGCGGUCGUGGAAACAAUGAAGGACGUGAUGCGUUUCUGGUUAGCUAAGGGAGUAGUAGGCUAUAGGAUUGACGCGGUUCCAGCACUGUUCGAGGUUGCGAUGGAUCCUGAUGGCCAAUAUCCCGAUGAGCCACUCAGUGGGAACACGAAUGAUCCAGACGAUCCCGGCUACACGGUACAUAUCUACACGCAGGACCGUAACGAAACGCUGGAUAUGGUGUAUCAGUGGCGUGCCGUUUUGGACGAGUUCCAGCAACAGCACGGUGGAAAGGAAAGGAUUAUAAUGGCCGAAACCUACUCGCCCAUAGAGAUUGUUAUGAAGUACUACGGUAAUGGAACGGUUCCGGGAGCACAAAUUCCGUUCAAUUUUCACUUCAUAACGGAUUUGGGUGCAAGUUCGAGUGCUGAAGAUUUUCAAAACACGAUUCACUUUUGGAUCGAUCAUAUGCCUGCAAAUCUCAAUUAUGUGGUACCCAACUGGGUGGCCGGAAACCAUGAUCAGCACCGUAUUGCGACCCGCUUUGGAGACGACAUGAUCGACGCCAUGAACAUGAUUUUGCUCUCGCUACCGGGUGUAGCCGUCACGUACAACGGAGAAGAGAUCGGUAUGGAUGAUGUUUGGAUAUCGUACAAUGAUACCGUCGAUCCGGCGGCCUGCAACGCUGGACCCGAUCGUUACCAGUAUACAACACGCGAUCCAGAACGAACACCCUUCCAGUGGGAUAGUACUAAAAACAGUGGAUUUUCUUCGGGCAAUCACACUUGGCUUCCGAUCUCGCCCAAUUACACGCAGGUUAAUGUAGAGAAAGAGCUUUCAAACCCUAGCAGCCAUCUGUGGGUUUACAGAAAUAUGACGUCCUUCAGAAGAGCAAUCAUCUAUGAGCCCCUGAGUUUGGUAACAUUUACCGAGCAAAACGUGCUGGUCUUAAGACGAAGUGGCCAAAAUAUUGUUUGCCACACAUAUACCAUGGUUAACAUAGGAAACGGCCCUGUUACGAUCGAUCUCACCAAACAGGAGCCUUCGUUGGCUGGUGUGGGCCAUUUUGCGGUCGUCUCCGUGUCCUCUAAGCAUCGUGUAGGUGAUGUCGUUCCAGUCAAUCACGUCGUUAUUGAAUCGAAGGAAUCCUUCGUACUGUUCGUGGAUGUUUCAACGACCUAUGAAGUCAUUGCUAUCUGAGGUCAUUCAUUUGCCAUUUCGGAUUGACGGAAAUAUAGUCCCGUACAUGAUUUUAAGAGAAAAUAUCGAAAUGAUUUUAAUGUACUUUUACUGCACGCUACCGAGCUAAA